GGCAUGCCGGGAGAUAGUUGUCAGGUAAUUAGAGAUUCAACAUGGCGGACGUACACAACAAUCUGGUGGUUGUCACCUAGGAACCUGACGCUGUCUACUUCCCUCGCUUUACUGGAUUUACAGGCAAUCAUGGACAAUGAAUCCACACCGAGCAGGGACACAGGCAUGGCCCAGUCUCCAGUGUUAAACCAGGAGUACAGCGAUGUGCCCCCGUCCGCCGUGACCAGCUUUCUCACCACGCCUCACUACAACACCAUCCGGUCCAGCACCCAGGUGCAGAGUGCCCCGCCCACCCUCCUCAGCUCACCAUGGAGCAGGACCAUCAACCCAACUCCGCACGUGGUGGAUAAUCCUGAGGAGAACGGCGUGCUGCGGGUUCGGCAGGCCAGGCAGCUCCGCGGCGUGGACCUGAAGGCUCGACUGUACGACCACCCAGAAAACGCACAGGUUUAUCAGGCUGUCCAGAACAAGGUGGCAAGGCCACAAAGAGGGAAUGAAGCACAGCCUCCCAUGGCCCCCCGGCCCCCCGCGGGGAAGGCCCCCGGCCCGUCCGUCCAGCCAGCCUUCCGUACCAUGAUGUACCGGCGAGACCACGAGCAGAGGAGGAAACAACAACAACAACAACAACAGCUGAAACAACAGGCUGCUGAGGCACAGGAGGGAGGGACACAGCUGGGAGCAGACGGGAGCAAUGGUUAUUGCAGUGAAGAAACUCCACAGCAAGAUGAACCACAAGCCACAGUCCCUGCAGAGAAUGGUGAAGCCCAAGACAAGGAGGCACCGGCUUCUCUACAAGGUGAUGACCUUCAAACAGGAGCAGACUUCCAGAAACCCGAGCCUGUUGUACAAAAAGGGGAGAACGACAUUGAUGUUGCCAUGGAAACAGAGAGAGAGAAGGCAGCUUCUGAAGCCGGGUCUGUCAGAAGGAAGUCGGCCAAGAGAGAUCCCAGGAAAGUGCUGACAUACAAGCUGGCCAAUGUAUACGACACUACAGUGCCAGCCGAUGAUGAUGCAGCCAGCCAGAUCAUCAGGAUGAGGCAGUCUCUGGGCUGGAGGACAGAGUUGCCGCUCCAUGGACCGGGUGUUCGGGAGGCCAUGAAGACAAUAGAUGAUGUGGAUCCACUGCAGCAAAGUGCAGCUUUAGAACAAGAUUCAAUGGAGAUCAGUACAUUGAGGCAGGAGGAUGAUGGGAGCUACCUCUACGCCCUUUUACGGGAACGUCACGAUACGCGCGCCCGUCACAAUCCCUACAACCUGCAGGUGGUCUCGGCCAACACAGCACGGGCAAACUCGGCGUUCCACACAGUGUCUGCUUCUUAUGUCACUCUGAAUAUGGAAAGCUUUCACGGUGUGGAAGGGAUCUAUUCGUGGUACCAAGACCACAGGCAACAAGACUAUGCUACAGAAGACACUGUUCUGUGCCAAUGACCUUCUGCAGAGAUGCCUGCUGCACAUCAGGGACUUGUGUGAGGCAGCAUCCAGCAGUCGCACAGGUCUGGGAGAGAGUGGGAGUGCCAUCCUCUUGGUCCGCCUGGACAGAAGCCAGACCCUGACACUUGCGGACUUCUGUCGAGUCCAGCAGGACCAGUGUGACCGGUCCCUGCAGCAGCUCAACACUCUCAGGAGGAAGGUGGUGCAGCUGGUCUGGGAUGCCUGUGCAGUGAGUUAA